CAGCCUUCCUCCCACACUGCUGGAGAGUUGUACUCAAAUCACCCGGCUGCCCCCCCAGAAGAGUCUGAAAUCCACCACAUCACCAGGAAGUACGCCAACACAUUCAGAAGAUCUCCAUGAAACCACCGCAGCACCCAAACAAACCCCCCAACAAUCCACUAUGUUACCCACUGAAACUACAUCAGUGGCACCCCAGAGUGUCCCCCAAACCCCCUCACCACCACCCCAGAACACCUUCCAUACCACACACCCCCUUCUAGCUACAAUAGAAAACCCUGUAGGACCUCCGGUACCUCCUGAAACUAUCUUCCAAACCACUCCACUGCCCCUUCCAGUGACUCCUCAGAGUUGGCAAUCACCUCCUGGCUCAUCUCAAAGUUCUGUCCACAGACCCAGUCAGUACCCACCAAGUGUUAACCAAAAUAUUACCCAGAAUUCCUCCAGAUCACCUAACAGAACUCUCCAAAGUGUCACUCAGUGUCUUUCUGACGGCCAACCAGAUGCCUCCAAAUCACUUUCAACCUUACCCCAUAACAGUAUCCACAGUGCCUCCGAAUCGCUGUCAGCAUCUGCCCCACAUCCUGCCAGAGUUCCUACCACCCCUGAGUUAAGUCCCUCACACCCUGACCCCUUCCUGUUAACCACAGUAACUUUCACCUCUAGUGUCUCCUCCCACCUGUAUUCCUCCCUCUGUUCCUCUUCUGCCUCCUUCCCUCGCACCUUCAACUCUCUGGACCCUCCCCUUGGUCUGCCUCCCAUGAUGUCAUCAGCCACCACUCACAUGACCUCUCCACCUCCGACUCUGAGUCCACCCCCUCCCGAGUUAACCCCACCACCUGCUCAGCUACUGGGCUCAGAUGAUGAAGAGCAGGAAGACCCAACAGACUACUGCAAAGGUGGUUAUUACCCGGUAAAGAUCGGUGACUUGUUCAAUGGGAGGUACCAUGUGGUCAGAAAACUGGGCUGGGGACAUUUUUCCACAGUCUGGCUCUGCUGGGAUUUACAGAAGAAGCGAUUUGUGGCAUUGAAGGUGGUGAAGAGCGCCCCACAUUACACUGAGACGGCUCUGGAUGAGAUCAAACUGCUCAGAUGUGUGAGGGACAGUGACCCCUCUGACCCCUACAGAGAAACCAUUGUCCAACUGAUAGACGACUUCAAGAUCUCUGGUGUCAAUGGAGUCCAUGUCUGUAUGGUUCUUGAGGUUUUGGGUCAUCAGCUUUUAAAAUUCAUCAUCAAGUCAAACUACAUGGGACUUCCUCUGGUCUGUGUCAAGACCAUCACCAGACAGGUUCUUCAGGGUCUGGACUACCUCCACACUAAGUGUAAGAUCAUCCACACUGAUAUCAAACCAGAGAACAUCUUAUUGGAUGUCGAUGAGGUUUAUAUCAGGAGAUUAGCUGCUGAAGCCACCAUCUGGCAGAGAGCUGGAGCCCCACCCCCUUCUGGAUCAUCAGUUAGCACGGCUCCCAGGGAUCUACAGGUUGGUAAAGUGUCAAAGAACAAGAAGAAGAAGUUGAAAAGGAAAGAAAAGCGUCAACAAAGACUGUUGGAGGAGAGACUGAUGGACAUACAGAGAAUGGAGGAGGAGGACAGUCUGUUACAACCUGAUGACACAGGCAGUAACUGUUCUCUGGUCAUCAAUGGCAACACUUCCUGCUCCACAGCCAAUAAUAAAGCGAGUCCGGAGUCUACCUGCUCUGGGUUGGAGGACAGAUGUAAUGGCUAUACACCAGGCCGUUUCUCCAGCCCCGCCUCCGGCCUAUCAGGUUUCUCCAGUUCUGUGAUGUCAGCGACGUCUGAGUCAGCACUUUCUACUCAGUCAGGCUACUCGAGUGGACGAGACGUGUUCAGUGCAUCAGAUUUCAUCCUCAAUCCUCUGGAUCCUCAGAACGCCGACAAACUGAGAGUGAAGAUCGCUGAUUUGGGAAAUGCAUGCUGGGUGCACAAACACUUCACAGAGGACAUUCAGACCAGACAGUACAGAGCUCUGGAGGUUCUGAUUGGAGCAGAGUAUGGACCACCUGCUGACAUCUGGAGCACCGCCUGCAUGGCAUUUGAGUUGGCAACAGGAGAUUAUCUUUUUGAACCUCAUUCAGGAGAAGAUUACACCAGAGAUGAAGAUCACAUCGCUCACAUCAUCGAGCUGCUCGGUCCGAUUCCUCUGCCCUUCGCACUGUCUGGCAGGUACUCCAGAGAAUAUUUCAACAGGAGAGGUGAGCUGCGUCACAUCUCCAGUCUGAAGCCAUGGGGUCUCUUUGAGGUUUUGUUGGAGAAGUAUGAGUGGCCGUUGGAUCAAGCAGCUCAGUUCAGUGACUUCCUCUUGACCAUGUUGGAACUGCAGCCUGAACGCAGAGCAACUGCAGCACAGUGUCUGCAGCAUGCAUGGCUGCAAACGUAAACACACAGUGGUUGAGGAGUUUUAGAAGUGUCUGUCUCUCUGUGGUGCUGGUGUCAUGUGAUGCGGAAAAAUUAACAUCUGAGCCGUCUAACCUCUUGUGCAGGUAAACAAACAGCAGUGUUUGUCUCUGUAGCUCCAUCAUCAUUAAGGCUGAAUCCAAAUCUUACAAACUACAGUGUGUGUGUGUGUGUGUGUGUGUGUGUGUGUGUGUGUGUGGGGCACAGUAACUGUUACUGGGAAAACACUGAAAGCGAAACGUUAGCAUCACAUUCUGUGGCUUUGUCAUCAGAACAGCUGUCUGUCAGCAGGACAACGGCAGAGAAAAGCCUUCACCAGGCAGACAGCACAGGUGUACUGGAUGAAAACAAGUUUCACGUAGGCUCAUCAGGAAGAAAUCACGUGUUUAUGCAGCCUAUGGAUUUAUUGAUUUUUGUUGAUUUUCCAUGGCUCAUUAAAUCGUGACAGUGAAACAAAGCAACCUGAUCAGUCAUAACACAUACCAGUAGAAACAGAAAACAACGGGAAUUGUGUGAUUUUAAAAAGCUGACUGUGGAGAUUAGGCUUCACUAAACGCGGUACAGGGGAACAAAGAUGGAGAGAGGUUUCUACAUGAGACUUGUCACAAAUUCAGAGUGGAUUGACACAUUUUAUUUAAUGGUGUCCUGUCUGCAGCGUGAGACGUGUAGAAAAUGCCGUCCGUGUGGAUUAGAGGAAAGUAUACAUCAGUGUUGGUCUGAGUCUCAGACAUUAUAUUCAGGUAAUCAGAUGAGGUGUCUUUUAAGAUCGUACUCUGUGUUUUCAUCGACUGCAUUUUUCUGAACAUCCGUGGAGAUGGUGCAGGUCUCGUGCGAUACACGAGGUUUAUGUGCACCAUGGACUCUUCGCUUCUCUGAACAUUAACAAUUCAUAUACAACAGACCCUCAGUUCAGGACUGCAGCAGUAAGAAAGCACAGACCAGAUGUUGUGUCAGUCUGAAAUGUAGGAAGUCUGAGAUGAGUAAAAAGACAUUGUACAUUAUAACGUUUUUUUUGUUGUUGUUCUGGUUGGAUGAAUACUAGCCUCACCCUGUGUGACACUAGUAAGUGAGAAUUAUUCAGCCCACACAUUCUGCGUGAGCUACUUCUUUUAUUGAUUCAUUUAAACAGUUUGACAUUAUCUAAAAAUACUGAUGGGACAAAUGAGACACAGCACUGAGGCAGUCCACCAACAGCAGCACUCAGGUAAAGCAGGUGAGAAGCACAAAGUUACACACAUUUGGAUCCAGAGUCAGUUUUUUUUUUCUCUGCUGACCUUUGACCUGUGUCAUGUUUGAUUAAAUACAGCCUGAGAGAGACAGAAGAAUUGGUUUCAGUUCAAAUGAUGACACUUGAGGCAGAGUUAAUUUUCCCUCCUGCAUGAACCAGCCCCUCCCACCCCCAAACAGUUUUUUCUUAUUUCUGUUAUUUGACUGAAUUUUACUGUUUGUCAGCAUUUGCUGAGCUUGUUUUUAACUUUUUUCUUGUGCUGCUGUACCUGUAUGAAAUGAUUGAUUUAAUGGUUCUUGAUCAGAGACUUCUCAAACCUCUGAAACUUGCUGCUGAUAAUGAGUUUUGGCUUUGACAAGCACACUGUAGCUUUCUGGCAGCAGCUGAUCCUCUUCCCAACUCUAACAGUAUUGAUCGCAUUGAGCUCUGUAGCUGAAACGGAGUUGUCCUCUGACCUGUUCACGUUCUCACAUAUCUCUAUAAUAUAUAGUGCCUUGAAACAACACCCCCACACACACGUGACUUUUUUUUUUUUUUUUUUU